CUCGAGAAGAUCGCCCUAUAAACUCUACCGGAUCGCGAACAGAAGUCUCGUAAAAUUAUGCAGAAUUCGGCUGGGUCCCACUUAUGAGAACGUAUCGGCGGUCCGACGUCCGCCUCCAUACGGAUUACAUGUUUUCCUAUUAACGCAAAUUCCAUCGAUACACUCGUUUCGAUACAGAUACAGCGGCGAUCCUCGAUUCGAUGCGCACUCGCGAUAAUCUCGCGAUCGUUCUUCCCAGAGUGGAUCCGGUGAACGGUCACCGAUGUAUGAAAAUUUACACGGUUCGAACGGCUCGUCGAACGAGCGCGAUUUCUUGCUUCGAUUAUUCCUAAAACUGCGUCGCAGAAAUUGAAUUCUCAGGUAAUCAAGCAAUACAAAUGCAAAUACCAGGUCGAACGGCCGCGUUAUCACCGCUUCGAAAUAUUCCGCAUAAAUAAACAAUCGACGGCUACGAGUUACAUUCAUUUACAAUAUCGAUCGACCAACGUGUUGCCGUUAAACCGGGCGUCGUUGAUCAAUCAACGAUCUUGACGCACGUUCGAUCGUCGAACUACACUCCUAUGUUUUUUCCCUGAUAUUCAGAAUGCCAGGUUCCGACGUUUCUCGCGAUCUCUCGCUAAUUUCGCCGCGACACCAAUUGUUUGUCGCGAGUUCUACGUCGAACCGGACGCGGACGCGGUUCUCGGGUCAGAAUCACGCGAGUCGCGGUCCAAUUCGUCACUGUUCGCGUCGACGUGUUUCGGGGUUGAUCGGUGUCGAACGAUCGUUGGACGAUUCGUGCGAUUCGUAACCGUGAACAAAUAGCCAAUUAUUCUUUUCCAAGUCAUUACAUCGUUCUGCGAGAUUUACCGUUCCGUUUCAUUCGUGCAUCGUUCGCCUCGAUUCGCCAAUCAAAGCGACAGUUUGUAACGCUUCGCAACGGUGUCAGUUGAUUUGUCAACGUUAGAGGUGUGACGGUACUGCUCCGUCACGAUCGAAACGAAGAAUCGCUUUUGUCGCGGCCGUUUAAACGCGACGAGGCGACCGACGAAGAAAGAAAGUUGGCCAGCCUACUAAAAAUUCAAAACGCGGGCGAAUUUCCUUGGGAAUAAAUUUCCAAGUUUCCUUCGCGAGAAUAGCCGAGCAAAUACGGCGUCGCGAGCUUAUCCAACCCUGGAAGGAGCUAGAAAGUUUGACGCAUUGCCGGUGAAUAAACCGAAACGAUUGUUACGCAACGUUUGCGUAAAGAAAGGGGGAAAGAACUUUUUUAACUCUCGUGUUAUUCAUCCAUAUCGAGGACAACGACGAUAGACUAUGAAUAAUAGUCAAUCCAAUAUAACGACGACUUGCGAGUUGAAAACUCGCGAUGCGCCGACAGCGAUAACCCUAUCGUCAGAGGCUGAUGGAAAAGAGUACCUGUUGUCGCCUCGAGGAAGAAUGUCGCAUCCACGGAGACAAAGCAUGUCCUUGACUGCCGUUAUAAACCAUCGACGAGGUCUUCUCGGGGCAUUGAUUUCAGGGAUAGGCAGUAACAUGUCGCUACCCUCCUGCAUCCCUCAGGAUCAGGAAUUUGUAACGGGACACACGACAGGAUGUAAAAUACCGUUGUUAAACAAUCGGAAUCAUCCGGAGAGGAACGAUCACGAAAGGCAACGACCCAAUUUCCUACCACUGUCACCUGUCAACACGGCUUACGUGUCUGUAAACGCUUUGGAACCAGCAAAGGUCAAGCAACAGAUGAUCGAGCAACGACCAAAAUUGACAGAGAAAAGAAAGUGUCAUGCGGAAAUGGUGUCCAUUAUGAGUACUCUCUACGCGAAUUUGUUGAUCGUAGUUGGACUUGCUGUACCUAUCACUGCUAAUGUGACGGAAAGAGUACCAGCUUCGUUGAAUCAGGGUUUCUACUUGUAUUUGUACGUAGUCAGCGUCACGUUCGUGAUCUCUAUGUACGUAAUGGUAUUGAGGGACAAAGCCGAGAAGAAUAUGGCGCGGAAAAACGAGAAGGAAGAAGCGUUAAAAUACAACGAGAAGGGCGAUCGCGUGAACGCGUGUCAGACGCAACAGUACGGCAGCUUUUGUCUGAGACUCGGCGCAGUGGGAUUUGGCGCUGGCUCGUUGGUAUUUACGGGAUUGCAAAUUGGGGCGGAAAUAGCUUCCGGUCCGUUCAGGGCGAUUACACCGGGUGCCAGGCUGCUGCUAGUUACGGCCCAGAUGCACUUUAUAUUUCUCAACAGUAAAAGUCUCAACUUGGCCAAGCACGCCGCCCUUGCCAAGUUAGGCCUGAUGCACAUGAUCGCCACUAAUCUCUGCGAAUGGCUGCAGGCGUUGGUCGAGGAAACGCAACACGAGAUCGAUCAGCUGGGCUACACGCACGACGACGAUGACGGUAUCCUCAAGUCGCUUCUGAGAGACGCCAGCCCGUUCCUUUUCCCGUGCACAAUUGAAUUCAGUUUAAUUUGCGCGGUGAUACUGUUCGAGAUGUGGAAGAGGGUGGACGAGAAGAUCGAUGCUAAAAGCGAGAUCCCGACGAGAUCUUCGUAUCACCUUAGCAUAGAUUGCAGCAGCUCUCACAAAGGUCUCUUUGGCGGAAUUCUAGUCGUUGCCGCGACGAUAUUGAGCUUGAUCAUGUUCUUCGUGCUGAAGGAGGCCAAGAUGAAGAUCGCGAUCGUUCAGGUUACCUCGUUGGACGCGACUAUACUUAUGUUAGGUAUGGUCGCUUCGGUCGCUGGAACAUUGAAAUUGCAAGCGUUGCAGCAAAAGAUUAUCAAGCCAUCGGACUUGGAUACCACCCUGUUGGCGGCAGCUCAAGCUGGGGUCUAUCUGCAUUGUCUGUUCGGAGUUGUUGGUGAUAUAUUGACAAUGGGUCCGACCUGGAUACUAUCGCUUAUCACAGAUUUAUUGGCCCUGGUACAGAGCACGAGCCAGACACUGCUUAUUAAAAUCGCGUGGGGAAGACGUUGUUCCAGAAACGACAAGCCUGGCAAGGAACUGAUCACCUUUCUGAUAGUCGUCAACAUCGCUUUAUGGACAGUGAACACACUGGAGAAAUCUCGCGCGGGGGUUCGUCCAGAUCAUUUACGAUUCUUCGGUGUAUGGGCAUGGACCAUCAUAACGCACGUGUCUAUGCCGUUGGCUAUAUUCUAUCGGUUUCAUUCGGCGAUAUGCCUGUUCGAAAUAUGGAAGACGUGUUACAAAUGUAGAUCCAACAGCGUCGUUCAAACUCCUUACUAAGUUAUCCGAUUCAAAACGAUGACUUUAUAGUACGGUUAUUUUGAUAAAAUUGUUACUUUUCAUAAAGAGUACAAGUAAAACACACAAAGAAA